AUGACCAUGUAUCAUUGCAUGACAGCGGAUGAUCCAUUUCCAAAGACGACCGCCUCCUUCUGCAAAAUGAACAGCCGCAGAUCCGCCUCACCCUCCGUCCAAGAGUUGGAGCAUGUGAUGGACAGCUGCAGGAUGGAAUUAAAUGAGAUAGAUGAAGUGUGGCCCAAUCUUUAUAUAGGCAACAUCACGGCGGCACACAACAAGGAAGAGCUCAGGAAACGGGGUAUCACUCACAUACUGAAUGCAUCACACGCUGCCUGGGGAAGCAAAGGAAACCAAACGUUCUACGGACCAGAGUUUCAUUACUAUGGAAUAGCAGCAGAAGACUCCCCAGACUUUGACCUCAGCGUACAUUUCCGCCCUGCCUCCGAAUUCAUCACCAAAGCCCUAAGUGUACCAAAUGGAAAGAUCUUGGUCCACUGCAUUCUAGGCAGAAGCAGAUCAGCAGCCCUGGUUCUGGCUUACCUCAUGAUCUGUCAGAAUUUCUCCCUGGCUGACGCCGUCAGAAAGGUCCUGCAGAAUCGAGCCAUCUCCCCAAACCGAGGGUUCCUGAAACAGCUGCAAGACUUAGAUCUGGAGCUACGGUACAAGAUCAGGCUAUGUCAGCUUGUGUAACGUGAAGAAGAAAGCAAAACAGCAAAGUGACAACAUCUGACAGAGAACUCAGUUUGCGCUGCCAAUCUCAGCAAUUAAGCUUGAGGCUGUGUUAUUUAUCUUGACAGGAAUUUUGAAUGCUUAGUUUGGGAGCGAACCUUGACAUCUAGAAAAUCUAGAUGCUGGUUAGGCGCUUGAAUUUUCUGGAUCUUUUUAAGGGAGAUUGAAUUUAAAGCUUAUAAGAUUGAGAAGGGGCCACAGUGCCCCCAUAGAGCAUCUCACAUGCAGCUUUCAGAUUUUUUUCAGAUUGCUCACAUAUAGCAUCUCACUAAUCCUGGCUUACCACAACUUUGCAAAGAUAAGUCAUUAUAUUUAGAUAGA